CAAUCCUUGAUAUACGUAGGAUCUAUGUCGUUAGCCACCGCCGCCUUCAAUUUGUUGGAGCCACCAAUCUCAGCUCUCAGCCAAACAUUGAGAUUUGAGACCUACAGGUCAUACGUUAUAUAGGUCAUGCUUGACUCAUUCAAUCUAGUAUUAGCUUGAAAGAUUUAGUACAAUGGAUAUCCAGAAACAAUCAACAAAGUUUGUAAAGCCGGCCACUCCAACUCCUUUAACAUUCCAUCACUACAAGUUAGGCUUCAUUGAUGACUGUGCUCCGUCCUUCAAUAUAAGUGUUGUUUUCUUCUACUCGGUAGAUAUCAAGGACAAUCCGAACUUCGUUUCCAAACUCGAAAAAUCCCUUGAGAAAACGUUGCCACGGUUCUACCCUCUGGCUGGUAGAUAUCAUGAAGAAGAUCGUGUCAUCGAGUGUCUUGACCAAGGUGUUGAGUUGAUACAUGCUAAAGUGACAAGCAUCAAAUAUGAAGACAUUGUUGGUUCGGAAGUAAAUCUAAGGUUGGUUGAUGAAUUCAUUCCAUCUGCACUUGGGGCCCUUGAUCAAGUCACUGACCCUUUACUUUCGAUUCAGGUGACCACAUUUGAGCAUGGAGGGAUGGCACUUGGUGUAAGCAUUUCACAUAGGGUUGGCGAUACCGCUACUCUGUUUAUAUUCUUGAAUGAGUGGGCUGCUAUAAGCCGAGGAGAAGAACUCCCUCAUGGGUCGGGUUUCAACUCAGCCACAUUCUUUCCUGCUCGUGGGUCAACUACCCCUAUAUUUUUUCCAAGGACAAAAAGUGGUGAUAACAUGUAUAGAAGCACGUUUGUUACUAAGAAACUUUCAUUCAGCGAAAGUGAGAUAUCGUAUUUAAGAGACAAGAUGAUCGUUGGUAACGACCGGCAAUGUUUUUCAAAGGUCCAGAUGGUGUCGGCGCUAAUUUGGAAGGCUUUAAUUGAGAUUGACCAACGAACGAAUGGGGGUUAUCCUCCAAGAUGUUGUGUUCUUCUUUGGGCAAUCAACCUGAGGGGAAAAUCCACAUCUUUAAUACCCAGUGAUUCUUGUGGGAAUCUUUCUUCGUCGUUAGCAGCAAAAUGCGAAACAAACAUUGAAACUGUUGAAUCAUUGGCACGUGUUGUAAGAAAAUCUGUCAAAGAUUUCAUGGAUAGCUACUCAAAGGUAAGACAUGAUAACGAGCAACUGCAGACAAUGGUUGUUAAAAACUCAUCAUACAAGACUACUAUUCCUCCUACCGCAACUAAAAUCGGCUUAACCAGUUGGUGUAAGUUCCCUUACUACCAACUUGACUUUGGUUUUGGAAAGCCCAUAUGGGUCAACCGUGGUAGGGCUAUUGCAAAAAAUGUAUUUUAUCUGAUGGAUGAUGUGGGAGGUAAUGGAAUUGAAGCUUAUGUAGGUGUCGAACCUAAAGAUGUUCCUUAUUUUGAGCAAGCUCUUAACAUCAAAGCUUAAUUUUGUAGCUUAAUGCAGACUUCAGCUUUGUGUUAAUUAUAUCGUCGAUUUUCUUCCUUCACUUGCUAGAAUUGUUGGUUAAUUUAAUUUUGGAUUAUAAUGUGUUUUUGGUCAUGUUACUGAGGUCGUUCAAUUGCAAAUUGUAGUUUCUGCCA